CACACACACGCGCGCGCGCACACACACACACAACCAGCUCAAUGUUUUCCAGAAAGGAGAAGGUAAGGAAAACUAAGAGGUCAAUGGCCUUUUUCUGAUUGUGUGUAUUGUACAGCCUCCAUGCAACAGGACUUGGGAUGAAGAAGGCUUCAGUUUCCCUCUCUCUGGGCCUGCUUCUAAUGCUGGGCAUCAUCAAAGAUCUCCUCUGUCAAGAAACUAAAGAUUGGGUGAUCAUGAAAGAUAAACAUGUCUGUGUUUGGCCUGGAUCUUCAGUGGUCAUGUCCUGCUCUCUCAAUCCACUUGCUGGUCACAAGGUGACUGACAUCUUCUGGGUGAUUAACUCAAAAGUGGGUGAUGAACCCCCUGAUCUCUAUGGCAACCCAUCUUACACAGGCCGUGUUCAGUACUACUGGGAUAAGCACAACAAUAAGAACAACUGCACAUUAAAACUCACUGGAGUGAAGGGGACAGACAGUGGUGUAUAUAAAGUGAGAAUUAUAACUAGGAAAAGCAAAUGGCUAAGUGAUGCUUUUCUAAAACUGACAGUUACAGAACUUGCUGUGCAGGUUCGUAAACCAGUGGUUGAGGGUGGGGAGGUGAAGCUGAGCUGCACAACCACCAAUGUCAUCUGUAGUUUGAAAGGCGACAAUGUGAUAUGGAGAAAGAAUGGACAGAUAUUACCCAAUAAACAAACAAAGCUUCUCCUCAAGCCAGUCAGAGCUGAACAUGAGGGAGAAUAUUCCUGUGCUCUAAAGGGCCAUGAGGGACAUCCAUCUACACCAGUGAAGCUGAAUGUCAUGUUCUCUCCAAAGAACAUCUCACUCUUUGUCAGGCCUGAUGCGAACCUAACCAACGGGGAGUCAGUGACUCUGACCUGCAGUAGUGAUGCCAACCCACCUGUGGAGAGCUACACCUGGUUUAAGAUGGAUGAGUCCACUGCAGUAGGAUCAGGACAGCAGUACAGCAUCACUAACAUCAGGUCUGUGGAUGGAGGACAGUACUACUGUGAGGCCAGGAAUAAAUAUGGAGCUGAGAAAUCAUCUGCUGUGUCCAUCACAGUUACAGGAGCCCGUAGUCCUGUAUUGUAUGUGGUAGCAGGAGUCUCAGUAUGUGGAGCUGCAGGUCUGAUCUGUGUGCUCGUCUGGAUCAGGGGGAAGCAAAGUACCUCCAGCUGUGGCUGUGGGAAGAACAAGAACAGAAGAACAGACAUGAACAUGCAGGAUGAUGUGGACUAUGAGAAUGAUCCUCAGACAGGACACACUGAUGCCAUCCAGAUGAGACCAGUCCAGACCCUGAACCCCAACACCACCCAACCUGAUGCAGUCUACCAGAGUCUGAACCCCAACACCACCCAACCUGAUGCAGUCUACCAGAGUCUGAACCCCAACACCACCCAACCUGAUCCAAUCUACCAGACCCUGAACCCCAACACCACCCAACCUGAUCCAAUCUACCAGACCCUGAACCCCAACACCACCCAACCUGAUGCAGUCUACCAGAGUCUGAACCCCAACACCACCCAACCUGAUGCAGUCUACCAGAGUCUGAACCCCAACACCACCCAACCUGAUCCAAUCUACCAGACCCUGAACCCCAACACCACCCAACCUGAUCCAAUCUACCAGAGUCUGAACCCCAACACCACCCAACCUGAUGCAGUCUACCAGAGUCUGAACCCCAACACCACCCAACCUGAUCCAGUCUACCAGACCCUGAACCCCAACACCAACCAACCUGAUCCAGUCUACCAGAGUCUGAACCCCAACACCACCAACCUGAUGCAGUUUACCAGAGUCUGA